AAAACCGUUCCUCUUUCCACAUACCCUUAUCCUAUCUUCUUCUUCUUCUUCUUCUUCCUUCUUCUUCUUGAGCUUAUUAAUCUCCUUCCCUCUCGGAGAAAUCCCCCCUUCUUCAGGCAGCAGCAGCAAUGGCGUCGACCGCCCUAUCAACCCUCUCCCUCCGCUCCCCUUCCUCUAAUUCCGCGACCCUUCACUCACAUUACCCCGCCACCGCACUCUCCAGCCCCCUCCGCUUCCCCCUCCGCCCCUCCGGCCCCGCCCUCCGCACCUCCCGCCCAAUCGCCGCUGUCGAGGCCCCGGAGAAGAUCGAGAAGCUCGGCGAAGACAUCUCCGGCCUCAGCCUCGCCGAGGCCCGCGUCCUCGUCGACUACCUCCAGGAGAAGCUCGGCGUCUCCGCGGCUGCCUUCGCCCCCGUGGGCGCCGUGGCCGCCCCCAGUGCCGGCACGGGGGACGGCGGGGCGGCCGCUGCGGCCGUGGAGGAGAAGACGGAGUUCGACGUGGUGAUCGAGGACGUGCCGAGCAGUGCCAGGAUAGCGGUCAUCAAGGCGGUGAGGGCUCUGACGAGCCUGGCGCUCAAGGAGGCCAAGGAGCUGAUCGAGGGCCUCCCGAAGAAGUUCAAGGAGGGCGUGUCGAAGGACGAGGCCGAGGACGCCAAGAAGCAGCUCGAGGAAGCCGGGGCUAAGGUCGCCAUCGUGUGACAGACAAUGAAAUAUAUGAGCAUGUCGGAUUCCUUUUAGGUUUUUUUUUGUUGGAUUCAACUUUUAGCCGUUACAAUCUUAGAGGGUAGCUGUUAAUUUGAAUUUUCGGAAUAGAGAAUAUUUUCCCGGGAAUUCGAUUCUUUAUGUCCUCCUCACCUUAUUAUUGGCUAUGACUAAUUCCGUUUGGGCAUCAAUCCUUAUCCUUGUUGAAUGUUGUUUGCUUUCCGUCGCAUGAAUUUGACGAGGUAAUGGACAUCGUAUUCAAAUC